UGGUAAUGGUAAGUUAUUUGCCUCGCGGCACACCACAACAGUACUUUCCGUCCUGAAUGAGUUUCCUUCGUUCCCUCUCGCUUCCCAAAGCAAGCGCUGUGAUUGCCGCCGGCGAAUUCUUCUGCAGGCCCUUCACCAUCUCUCACCGCCUGAACAUUUCUAAUCUCGUUGUCACUCCCCGGAAGCCUUCUCCCUUUGCGCGCAUCUUCCACUGGAUGGCUCAAAUGGAGACCGAGCAAUUCACAUUUGGGCCGUACAAGAUAAACCCUAGCGAGGUCUUCUACUCUACGAAACUGUCAUACGCGCUGGUCAAUCUAAGGCCUCUGCUACCUGGUCAUGUACUUGUAUGUCCAAGGCGUGGAGUUAAACGCUUUGCAGAUCUCACCGCUGACGAAACAGCUGAUCUAUGGCUUGUUGCAAAGGAAGUGGGAGGUAAAUUGGAGCGCCAUCAUAAAGCAUCCUCUUUGACAUUUGCAAUUCAGGAUGGACCUCAGGCCGGACAGACAGUUGCUCAUGUGCACAUCCACAUUAUCCCCAGGAAAAGCGGCGACUUUGAGAAAAAUGAUGAAAUUUACGAUGCUAUUGAUAUGAAGGAGAAGCAGCUGAAGGAGUCGCUGGAUCUGGACCUUGAUAGGAAAGAUAGAACAUUUGAAGAAAUGGCUCGCGAGGCUGAAGAAUAUCGAUUCCUUUUCACAUAAUAUGAUUGGGCCAUUUGCAUGCAAAGCACACAAUUCUUAUGUGUUUUCACAACUCUCACCUGAACUUUUGUAUUUACUCGCAUAGCUUUUGAAUCUUUAAUAUCACUUAAAAAAUAGCACUAUUAUUGUUUUUUAAUAGUCAAAUACACAUUUUA